CCUUUGAUGCUGAUGGAGACAGAGUGGUGUGCCGGUACGGGAAUCUCCAAGGAGUAGAGUGUGACAAAUGCUCUCUCCCCUCAGGCUUCCACCUGGAUGCGAACACUUGCACGUUGCGCUACCAGUCCACCAGUGCUGAUAGCAAAAUCUUUGGCUUUGAGAUGGUGGUAGAAGACUACCCACGAAACACUAUCGAUCUAUCUUACUCUGAUGGUUCGAGAUCUCGCAAGUCUCCCCUUCUUUCAAGGGGAAAGAGACAAGUCAACUCACCAACUCCACCUACAAACACUAUCUCACCCCCUACCUGGUGGGGGUUGUGGCAGACUUCCACAACCACAGUCGCACCGACCACCCCCUUGUGGUGGACACAACCACCACGUCCAAGCACUGCUGAAAACAACUCCUCAGGGAGGCCAACUGUAACGCCACAAACCAGGAGUGGCUCUCCCCUCAGCAAAUUACCCCUGCAGUUUGCUUUUCUUGUGGACCCAGCUGCCCCGUCAUGUCAGGAAGGACUCUACCUGCCGAAGCUUCUGGCUCCAACACCUGCAGAUGGGGAACGCAUCAUGGCAGAGGUCAACAAAGAGGUGGAGAUCAGAGUCAAAGCACAGGCCACACAUUCAACAAUCCAAAGUCUUGUCAUCAGUGGACCAGCAAACAUCACCAAGCACAGGGACACUAAUGGGGAGUUCGUCAUCAGGUGGACACCUAUCCUGGAUGACCUGGGGGAACAAUACCCAAUCUGCUUUGCUGUGGAGUCGUUGAGGGGGUCUUCUGGCUAUCAGUCUGAGAUGAGAUGUGUUCUAGUGGAAAUUAGAAAGGAACAAAUUGAAGCCACCGUGACCUGCACUGAAACCACAAUGAAGGUGGAGGUUGAGAAAGAUUCCUUCUUUGGACUCGAGGAGGAACAUCUUCGCCUCAGUGACCCCAGCAACACCAUCUGCAGCCUUGACAAGCUCUCCAACAACACUCACAUAGUCGCCAUCAUCCCCCUCAAUGGCUGCGGUACUGAGAUCGAGGAAGACGAUGAUUACCUCAUUUUCAAGAAUGAGAUCACCACAGUGGAGGACGACCCGAAUGAGCUGAUCACCAGGAAGCACCUGGUGGAGGCCCGGUUCUACUGCCAGUACCCCAAACGGGGCAAUGUGACCCUGAGCUUCUCAGCACACAGAAAGAACGUCACAGUAUGGGAGAAAGGCUUCGGCAAGUUCACCUACCAGUUCCAGUUCUACCAGGAUGACCAGUUUGAAGCCAUGUUCGACCCAAACUUAUACCCACUGGAGUUUGACAUCGGAAACAGGAUCUACAUGCAGAUAGAUGCCAGCACCUCUAUCAACAACACAGAGAUGUUUGUGGAGUCCUGCAGAGCUGCACCGUAUGACAACCCCAACUACCACCCAACCUACUCCAUCAUUGAGAACGGGUGUGUGGUUGACUCAACUGUGCAGACAUAUCCUGCUUCCAACGACAGACAGUUCCAGUUCAGCAUGGAGGCCUUCAAGUUUAUUGGCCUGCAUGACCAGGUGUACAUCAGCUGCACAGUCAUGAUGUGUGAAGCAGGGAACCCCAACACCAGGUGCUCACGGGGAUGCAUGAACUCCACAUGGUCCAACGGCCAUAACCGCAGAAAGAGAGAGGCUAUGAUCCAGAGUGGAAAGCACUUCGUUUCCCAGGGUCCUCUGCGUCUGAAGCGUGAAGCAGACCUCAGAGGAGGCUCAGCUUUCAACCUGAACCUGGUCUUUGUUGCUGGAUGUCUUCUUGUUGCCGUUGGGAUGGUCUGCGGCGUCCUCAUCUACAAAACCAAAGCCUCCAGGGUCAAAUAUCAACCUCUGUCCUCCUAUGAAAACUAAACCUGCAGCAUCUGCCAGGCUGCUUGGAUCAUUUGAAUGUGGGAUUCUGGGUACUUUUGAACAAAUUUAGUCUUUUUAAUAUCAGAUGAUGAUUCAUAGUGCUGGGGUAUUUAAUAGUUCUGUUUGAGGGAAAUAUCUGUUUCUGCAACUGCAAAUCCAGUUUUUCUUUAACAAAACCUGAAAACAAAAAACAUCUUCUGGCACUGCAGCUGCUGGGUAACUGCUCAGUCAAAAUGUUUUCUUCUAUUUUAGAUCACAUCAUGAUAUACAGCCAGAUAACUGAGAUUUUCCACAGGCUUGAUAUAAAGCAAGCAAUGAAAUAGUUGCUUCUGUUAUAAAGAACA